AUGGGCCGGCUUAUAGGACUCGAACUCCACAAUUUCAAGUCAUACCGAGGUACAGCCAAGCUUGGAUUCGGCGAUUCGGCUUUCACUUCUAUAAUUGGACCUAACGGUGCCGGUAAGUCCAACAUGAUGGACGCGAUCUCGUUCGUGUUAGGCGUCCAGUCCUCUCAAUUGCGAUCACAGAACUUGAAGGAUUUGAUAUAUAGAGGCCGUCUUGCCUCGGGGGAGAGUGACUCUUCCGCAAAGGAUCCUACCUCUGCUCAUGUUUUGGCCAUGUACGAGAAGGAUAAUGGAGAAGUGAUGAAUCUCAAGAGAAUAAUUACUUCUGCGGGAACUUCUGAGUAUAAAAUCAACGACAGAGCUGUUACGGCACUCCAAUACACCAUGGCGUUGAAAAAGGAAAGCAUUCUUGUCAAGGCCAGGAACUUUUUAGUAUUCCAAGGUGAUAUAGAGAAUAUCGCAUCUCAAUCGGCCAGAGACUUGGCCACGUCCAUAGAAACCAUAAGUGGCUCAGCAGAGUAUGUGUCUGAAUAUAAUGAGCUUUUGGAAGAGCAGGAGAAAGCACAUGAGAUGUCGGCGAAAGUCUUUUCGCGUAAAAGAAACUUGAAUUUCGAGUCGAAACAAUAUAAGGAACAGAUGAAGGAACGAGAGUUGUUUGAAUUGAAAUUAAACCAGAAGAACGACUUGGGCAAGACAUUGCAUUUGUUUCGAAUUUUUCACAACGAGAAACGCCAUUUCCAGCUCUUAGGAGAUGCAAGAAGAAUCUCCAACGAAAUUACAUCGGCCAAACAAAAACUCUCACAAUAUGAAAUAGAAUACACGGCCUUGACAGCCGAUCUCGCCGAGAAGACUUUAGAGGCAAAGAAAAUCGAUACCUCGAUUGCGGAUUUGCGUUCAAAGUCUGAAAGGUCUAAGCGUUCUCUCAUUCCAAUCAUUGCAAAGCAGAGAACCUACGAAAAUAAGAUCGCCUUGACAGAGAAGAAAAUCGUUGACUUACAAGCUGAUGUCAAAAACCAGCAACAACAGGAGGAGCAGUUCAGGACGCAGUUAGCUGAAGUUCAACAGAGAAAGGCUGACUUCGAAGAAAAAGUCCGAAUUAUGAACGAGAAGAUUAAACUUUCACCCGAAGACAUCAAGGACUACGAAAUUUUGAGGCAACAGUUUCUUGCUAACUCGGGUUCACAGUAUGAAGAAAAGUUGGCCAUGUUGACGGGAGAUAAGGAUGGGUUCUUGUCAUCAUUACGUAACUUCAAUUCUCAGAAAGAACAUGCUCUUUUGAAAAUUUCCGACUUGGAGGCUGAUGUCACCUUGAAUUUGAACCCUAAACUCGCAGAUGUUAAUUCGAAGCUCGAUGAGGUCGUUCAGCAGAAAGAAACCAAGACUAUCGCGAAGGAAGCACUUUUAGCAAGAAAAGAAGAAGUCAAUUAUAUUGAACUUGAUCUUAAUGCAGACUUAAGAGCAACCUUAAUAAGGCUAGACGAACUUUCUUCAGAGCAAAGCGAAUCGAAAAAGCAUAAGAAGCUUCGCGAGAAUGUCUCUAUGUUGCGGAACCUUCUAAAGGAUGGCUCUAUUAAAGGUAUGAUGUGUGAACUUGUACGUUCCUCUCAACAAAAAUACGAAACGGCUUUGCUGACAGUUCUCGGGCGUAACUACGAUGCUGUCGUUGUUGAAAGUACAGCUGUUGCGUAUAAGUGCAUUGAGAUUUUGAAGGAGCGUCGGGCUGGAACUGUUACGUUCAUUCCGUUGGACUCGGUUGUCAAUGAGCAAGUCAACUUAAACUACUUGAGAACCAUAAGUGAAAGUGCACGUCCCUCCAUUGAUAUUGUCAAGUUUGACGAUCCGUCUAUUGAGAGAGCAGUUCGAUUUGCCGUGGGUGACAGCAUUGUCGUGGAUUCUUUGGAUGUUGCUAGAGAAUUGAAGUGGGGCUCACUGCGCCCGCUAGAUAACAAGUUAGUUGCACUUGAUGGUUCAGUCAUCCAUAAAUCAGGUAUUAUGACAGGUGGUAACCUGAAUGUCAAAUCAACUCGUCGCUGGAGCAAAGAGGAAUGGAAUGAUCUCAAUCUCAAAAAGGAGGAACUCACCAGAAAAUUGGAAAGAACCAAGGCUGACAAACCCAGUGCCAUUGACAUCAACGUUUUGACAGAGGAGAUCAGUGUCCUCAAUGAUGAAAUUCCAUUACAUAAGAGCACUCAAUCUAGCAUUCAGAGACAGAUUGACGAAAGAAACCGGGAGAUAGCAUUUCAUCAGAACACCAUCGCGGAAUUGAACAAGCUAAUCACUGAAAAGAGCGAAAGCGUGGAGGCCAUCGAGAAAGAAAUUGCCCUGCUUGAGGAACUGAUCGAAAUACUACAAAGGAAGGUAUAUUCUGACUUUUGUGCAGCUCACAACUUGGAUAGCAUCAGGGACUACGAAUAUACCCAUGGCUCGGCGAUCAGAGUUCGUGCAAGGGAGAGAGCGGAAUUAAACAAGGCUAUCAGUUUCUGUCAAAAUCAAUUGUUGUUCCACUCGGAGCGAAUCGAAGAAACCCACAACAGAAUACUCAAAUUGCAGGCUGACUUACCCACUUUCAAAGAACAAGCCAUGACCAUUGAAGCGACUAUGAAGAAAAUGAAUGAUGAUAUUCGUGUCCAAGAAACUGACCUUGCUUCCAUCUCUCAAACGAAGGUUAAUCUUGAAACUGGUGUUGAUGUCAAGAUGAAGUUGACAAAGAUUAAGGAGACCGAGAUGAAAGAAAUCGAGACGAAUUUGAAAGGAUUAAGGAAAGAGUUGAUGAACUGCGAGGAACUUGUUUUGAGAGUUGAUUCGGAGCGUUUGAACAUGUUCAAGAAUUGCAAGAUUGAAAACGUGGACUUGCCAUUAGAAGAAGGGUUCCUCGACUCUAUCUCACUUGGAAGCGAACAUGAGGACGUCUCGAAGGCAGCAUAUCUGAUUCAUGUUGACUAUGGGAUGUUGGAUCCAAAGUUCCAGGACCACUACUCUAUUAGAACAGAGGCCGAGAUAAAGGUAGGCAUCGAGAAUGUGGAGAAAGACCUCCAGAAGUUGACUCCCAACGCAAAAGCCAUGGAAAGAUUGCGUGAAGUCGAUCAAAAGUUGAAGGAGUUCGACAGGGAAUUCACCAAAGCCAGGCAAACAGAAAAGAAAACCAUGGACAGAUUCAGCCAGGUGAAGCUGCGCCGUACUGAGCUUUUCAUGCAAGCAUAUAAUCACAUUUCUGGCAAGAUCGAUGGCAUUUACAAGGAACUUACAAAGUCUGCAGCAUCCCCUACUGGAGGAUCAGCAUAUUUGACCUUGGAAGAUGAAGAUGAGCCAUACUUAGCCGGUAUCAAGUACCACGCAAUGCCACCAAUGAAGCGGUUUAGAGACAUGGACUUGUUAUCUGGAGGAGAGAAGACCAUGGCUGCCUUGGCACUCUUGUUCGCCAUUCACUCAUACCAGCCUUCACCCUUCUUUGUUCUUGAUGAGAUUGAUGCAGCAUUAGAUAACAAGAAUGUGACUAAAAUCGCACAUUACAUCAAGAAAUGUGCUGGUCCCGGGUUCCAGUUCAUUCUCAUCUCAUUGAAGAGUAAGCUCUUUGAGCAUUCCGAUGCACUUGUGGGAAUCUACAGAGAACAACGGGAAAAUAGCUCCAAGACUGUCAGUCUCGACUUGAGAAAUUACCCCGAAGAGGCUCAGGAUGUUAGCCAACCUGCUAUUGCUUCUGCAUGA